AUGUUUUUUUUUGGCAGUUUGGGGAAAACAAGCCAACCUACUCGCGAAACUGUUGAUACGUCAGGAUUGCCCAACUAUUCGUAUAGUUCUUUACUUGAAAAAGACGAAAUUGGGGAAGGUGGUUUCGCGGUUGUUUUUACCGCGAAGCUGCCGGACAAUGGAGCUAAGAUUGUUGUGAAGAAGCUAUUAGCGUCUGACAAUGAAGCUAGGAAGUCGCUGGUUAAAGAAGCACGACUUCUUAGCAAGUUGCAACACCCGAAUGUUGUCAGGUUUGAAGGAGUUUGUCUGGACAAGUACGCUGUGUUGCUUGAAUAUGUGUAUUUUGAUUUUACGCCAAUCGGAAACGACGGCAUCACUGUGCAUAGCUUAGCCAAUUUCUUGGCAGUUUGCGAACAAUCAGAUUGCCCAUGCGCAUGCAUUGCUCGAUAUUUAUUCAUUCUUCCUUGGACGUCGCGUUGGGUUUGA